AUGCUGUUGUGAGCAGCUUGCCAUGGGCCCUGCUAACCAAAGCAGAAAACACUCUUGUGAUGCAGCACGUUGUGGGAGUUGAGCUGCCAUUGGAUUUAAGAACAAGCAUUUUGAAACAUGACUACUUCCUGGAGCGAUCGACUGCAGAACUACGCAGACCUCCCCGCCAACAUGGACGGGCUUGCAAUGAAGAAGUAUCGGCGGGAGGCUUACCACAGAGUGUUUGUAAACAGAAGCUUGGCUAUGGAGAAGAUCAAGUGCUUUGGGUUUGAUAUGGAUUACACAUUAGCUGUGUACAAGUCCCCAGAAUAUGAGUCCCUGGGGUUUGACCUGACUGUGGAAAGGCUUGUAUCAAUCGGAUACCCCCAGGAGCUGCUCAACUUUGUCUAUGACUCUACAUUCCCAACCAGGGGCCUGGUGUUUGAUACAAUGUAUGGGAACUUGUUGAAGGUGGAUGCCUAUGGGAACAUCCUUGUCUGUGCCCAUGGAUUUGUUUUCAUUCGGGGGCCUGAGAUCCGGGAGCAGUACUCAAACAAGUUUAUCCAGAGGGACGAUACUGAGCGCUUUUACAUCCUCAACACACUCUUCAACCUGCCUGAGACCUAUCUGUUUGCCUGUCUGGUAGAUUUCUUCACUAACUGCCCCCGAUACACUAGCUGUGACACAGGGUUUAAAGACGGUGACCUUUUCAUGUCCUACAAGAGCAUGUUUCAGGAUGUGCGUGAUGCAGUAGACUGGGUCCACUACAAGGGGUCUUUAAAAGAGAAAACGGUGGAAAAUCUGGAAAAGUAUGUGGUCAAAGAUCAUAAACUGCCUCUUCUGCUCAGUCGAAUGAAUGAAGUUGCAAAGGUGUUCCUGGCCACAAACAGCGACUACCAGUACACCGAGAAAAUUAUGACCUACCUGUUUGAUUUUGACCAUGGUCCAAAGCCUGGCACCCCCCACCGCCCGUGGCAGUCCUACUUUGACCUCAUCCUGGUGGAUGCACGGAAGCCUAUGUUCUUCGGAGAGGGGACGGUCCUGAGACAGGUGGACACUACCACGGGGCGGUUAAAGAUCGGGACCUACACAGGACCUUUGCAGCAUGGCAUUGUAUAUUCUGGAGGUUCAUCAGACACUGUGUGCGACCUUUUGGGGGCAAAGGGCAAGGACAUCGUCUACAUUGGAGACCACAUCUUCGGAGACAUCCUAAAAUCCAAAAAGCGUCAGGGCUGGAGGACCUUCCUAGUCAUCCCUGAGCUGGCCCAGGAGCUCCAUGUGUGGACCGACAAGAGCUCUCUGUUUGAAGAGUUACAGAGCCUGGAUAUCUUCCUGGCAGAACUCUACAAACAUCUGGACAGUAGCAGUAAUGAACGGCCAGACAUCAGUUCCAUUCAGAGACGUAUCAAGAAAGUGACCCAUGACAUGGACAUGUGCUACGGGAUGAUGGGCAGUUUGUUCCGCAGCGGGUCCCGCCAGACUCUGUUUGCCAACCAGGUGAUGCGCUACGCAGAUCUGUAUGCUGCUUCCUUCAUCAACCUCCUCUACUACCCCUUCAGCUACCUGUUCAGAGCUGCCCACGUCCUGAUGCCACACGAGUCGACCGUGGAGCACGCUCACGUGGACAUCAAUGACGGCGAAUCACCUAUGGCCACGCGGAACCGCAACUCCAUGGACUUCAAGGGUUACGACUACAAGCGUAGCCAGCUGACCCGCUCAGUCAGCGAAAUCAAACCACCCAACCUGUUCCCCCAGACCCCCCAGGAGAUCACACACUGCCACGACGAGGAUGAUGAUGAGGAGGAGGAGGAGGAGGAGGAGGAGGAGGAGUAACAAAGAAAAACAAACUAUACAACACAAUCUAUUGAACUAAUUAGAGGGUGGUGCUUGGAGUAAUCAAAAUGCAAAUCCGAAAAACAAAAUAAUUAAAAACAUAAAAAAUAUAUAAAAAACACAUAUAUGUACGUGUGUGUGUGUGUGAAUGUACACAUAGCGUACAUAGACACACAGAGACUUUCUGUUAAUGUUACUGUCUGUAUAACAGACCAGUCUAAUGACACUUACGUGAUUGACCCACUCUCUUAUUUGAGAGACAUAACAUAUGUACAUGUACAAAAAAAGAAGUUAUUUUGAAAGUAUAAGAAGGUUAGAUGUUAAGUUCUAAGAGAUGAUGAGCCUCAUAGACCAAACCAAUUGUGCGCUGCCCCCUAGGAACCCCUGGUCACGGUCAGCAAUGACAUAGCCUGGAUUCGAACCUGCGAUCUCCAGGCUAUAAGGCGUGCAUUCUGCACUCCAAGCAGAGCGCCUUUACUGGAUGCGCCACUCGGGAGCCCAGACCAAACUCAUUUAAAUAUUUUAGGGUGAAAGACAAAUGCAUUUAUGGGCUGUAUUUAAAUACUGGUUGGUUUUGAAUAAGUGUCUUGUAGUAUGUAAGAUAGUCCUGGGCAAGUCAUGCACAGUAUGUAAUGGUUAUGCACCAAUACUACUGUUUUACAUGUGGUGUUCAUGUUUUGUUAGCUAUUUUUGAUACAUUUAAUAACAGUAUCAAGAUUUUACAGAAGCUCUAGUGCUCCAAAACAGCAAAAAGUCUUGCUACUUUAAGUUUUUUUCAAUUGCUUUUUCAGUCAUCGUAUUUAAGUUUGAUAUGAUGGGAUGGCUUUCCUGACCAAUGCAUGGACUGAGACUGUGAGCCAUGCAAUUAGAAGUUUUAUACAGAAGCACAUUUAGUAAGAACACAGCUCAAGUGACAAGUGUGUGGUUUUGUGUUUUUUUUUGGUUGAGGUUAUAUAUUCAGUAGUAGUGUGUUAAAGACGUCCUGUAUGGAAAUACAAGACAUACUUAACAUUGCUAGUGGAUCUUACUUAUAUACGGUAUACUCUUCUGUUUCUUGGGGAGAUUGUAGGGCUUUCUCACUGUCAGAACCAUCUCCCAAUCUAAUGCAAAUACUGUAAUAAACAGUGCUUUUCUCAGUACAGCCUCAGAGUUACGAACCCCUUGGGAAUGGAUGUUGUUCCUAAGUCUGAAAUGCCUGUACUCUGUAACUUUUCAAUGGUUUUAAUAAAUGUGUACACCUGCUAUCUAUGCCCUUCUUAGGUCGGCAAGGGUGUCCUCGGCUCACCCCAGAGCUGCGUUGUCCUCCGACACUGUAGCUCUGGGGUGGCUGCAUGGCGGGCCUGCAGAGUGAAAAGAAGCGGUUGGAUGACGGCACACGCUUCGGAAGACAGCGUGUGUUCGUCUUCGCCGCUCCAGAGUCAGCGCAGGGGUGGUAGCGGUGAGCUGAGCCUAAAAAAAAUAAAAAAAUAAAAAAAAUACAAUUGGACAUUUCAUAUUGGGAGAAAAAUGGGGUAAAAAAAAAAAAAAAAAGUGGGAGUUGGGUAGACCGGUAAAUUUGGUAUUUGUAACUCUGGGUUUCUUAAUUUGAUCUCCAUUGUCUGUCAGACUAAGAAGAUCCGCUAUGUUCCACAAGAGCCUGUACUUGGAAAUGCUGUACUGAAAUACACCAGUAACCCUCCACUGUGCCCGUGUUAAUUUUUCAUUAGCAGAAUCAAACCACUUACCUCUUUGAGACCAUGCCAAGCACCUUUGGGAUCUGUGGGUUGGUUGCAAGCAUCCCUCAUAGUAAGAACAGGAUUAUUGAGACACCAUUGAUAACCAGGCUUUGGUACUUAUUGAUGCAGUUGUGUGUAAAAUAUUACACACCUUUUAUUAGUGUUUAGCAUUUCUGCUGUGGUUUUAGUUGGCUCAUGAACAGCCAGCAUUAGUACCAUACCAUACUGCCUCUCAAUCACACACUUCAUCAGUUUCCUUAUUGGAAUGACUGAAAUCAGGGGCAAUUUGAGCUCAAGAAGCCAGUUGCACUUUGUUGGACUAGUGUGUGCAUUUCUUCGUUUUAACUUCUUCUAAAAUUGCUUCUUUUAAACUUUUUUUUUUUUUUAAUUUGUGUUUAGUACCUUCAUAUUUUGUUGUAUAUAUUUUUUUCUUUUUAUCUCUGAAAAAAAGUAUUUUAAAUGAUCUGUUCUGCUCUGUAAAGGAGUGCAAGAGUUUAUGCAUUUUUUUAAAAAAGAAUUUGGUUUCCUGUGUACUCUUGCAUUUGGAACCAGUAUUAUAUUUUAAUUAUUUGUAAUGGUUAUACUGUAAACUGUAAUAAUUUUGUUUAUGCAUGUCCAUGCUCUUUUUACAUCAGUUGAUGGAAACUGGUUUUAAAGUGGCAUAUUCUUUACUGUCCAUAUUGUAUUUUUUUCUUUAAAAUGUUGAUCUUAUGGAAAUAUAAUUUUAAUAGUAAAUAAAAUGCAAAUACUCUA